AUGUCCCCCCGCGCGACGCGAUCGAAGGCUUCCGCCGAGGAGACGACCAAGCCGGAAAACGUCGACGCGCCCGCCGCCGCGGCCGUCGUCGAGGACGCCCCGCCCGCCGCCGCGGUCGUCGAGAAGACGGACGCCGCCGCCGACGACGCCGACGCCGCCGCCGCCGCCGCGACGGCGUCGGAGAAGCCGUGCGACUCCGAGCGCGACGAUUCCGCGCCCGCGGCGACGCAGGCGCCGACGAAGCCCGCGGACGCGGUGGAAGACGCCGCGGAGGCGCCCGCCGCCUCCGAGGAGGAGAAGGAGGCGCCCGCCGCAGCCGCCUCCGAGGUGAAGGCUGACGAGGCGGCGUUGGAGGCGCUGUUCAACAGCACGAUCGCUCCCGAGGCCGCCUCCGGCGCCGACGCCGCUCCUGACGCCGCUCCCGAGGCCGCUCCCGAGGCCGAUAAGGCCGAGAAGGCGGAGCCCGCGUCGGGGGAGAAACGCAAGGCGGAGGACGACGCGGACGCGCCUGUUCCGCCGCCGUCGAAGGCGAGGCCGCUUCCCACGCAUGCGCUCCCGUUCGCGUGUCGAUCGUCGUUUCUUAUUAAGGCGUUCUUUCCUUUCGCGCGUUAUGAACCUCACAUUUUGACACGUGGGGAUUCUAUCCACCAAUCACACGCACGCGUGACUGACACGUGUUUUCCCUCGACCUAUCACAGCUGGCGCCUGAGACGGCGGCGGCGCCCGCCGUCGCGGAGGCCGCGUGAGCGGUCGGUCGGCGACCGAAGGGCGACGAGGACGGCGAGGACGAGGACGAGGACGACGACGACGACGACGAUGACGACGACGACGUGA